AGACAGAUCUGAGGAAAGAAAUCUCUCAGCUUCUUGUCGGUGGCGCAUGUUAGUGGCGUCACCCUGCGCUGUCUCAUUGAGGAGCCGAUCUGGGUGAGUCGCACGUGUGAUUGUUGAACUUUGAGCUAUGGCGGGCUCGUUUUCCCAAGAGUUGGAAGAUUUGUUAAAUCCUUUACCUAAAUUUGCGGAUCCAGAGGAUGAUGCUGAUGAGGCGACAAAAGCCCGAGUGAUAGAGAGCUUCGACCACGACGACGGAGUCGGCCUCGGAGCUCUGCGAAAACACAACACAGCCCUGCUGUCAGACACAGACAGCCGGUAUGAAGGGAAGACAGUGUCCCGGAAACAGCUGCUGAUGGACAUGGAAGGAUCUGAUGAAGAGGAGGAGGAUGGUAAUGUUGAGGACUCUGUGGAGGAUGUGGAGACCGAUGACAGUGAUUGCAAAAACAGUUUAGAAGAUGAUGAGGAGGAGGAGGAAGAUGAAUUGUUUAGCAGCGAUUCUACAGCAGAUGCUAAACUGGCCUCAGAAUUGAAGGACAGCCACAUGAGUUUUCCUCAGCAACUAGACUUCCACAAGCUGACAGAGGGCAUGGAUGACCUGGGUGUGAGUGAAAAUUAUGUAGACGACGACAGUGGUGAGGACUCUGAAGGCAGCGAUGAAGACUCUGAUGAUGAUGAGAUGGAGGCCGGGGGACCUGGUGGGACCAUCUGCACGUUUAGCCAAGACAAAGUGGAUGAGGAGGUUGAGAAAGGGAAGGCUGUGAAGAACCAGCUGGCUCUCUGGGACCAGCUGCUUGAAGGCAGAAUCAAAAUCCAGAGAGUUCUGUUGACGGCCAAUCAGCUUCCACAGCCGCAGACGCUGCCAGAGUUCAGGAGGAGAGGUGGAGCUGAGCUCACAGCAGCUCUGAAGAACACUCACAAGGCUCUAAAGGCUCUCCAGAGGUCCCUGCUGGAGCUGCACGACCAGCUGCUGCACCAGAACUCCAACACGAGGAGCAUCACCGCAGGAAAGAUGCCCACUCGGGAUGGAGAUGAAGAGAUGAGCAGUGAGGAGGAGGAAGAGGGAUCAGCACCCAAACGGAAACUGGAAAUGGCGGAGUACCCAGGCUUCAUGGCCAAACGUUUUGCAGCCUUCGAGCCGUACCGCAACGCCACGCUGCAGAAGUGGCACGACAAAACCCGACUGACGGUGGGCAAGAGCAGCAAAGGGUUCGGCGCGUUUGACCGGAACGUCCUCACCCAGGUGGAGCAGGUGCUGACAGACAGAGAGAGGCUGCUGCGGCGCACCCAGAGCCGCCGCUCCGAGUACAGCAUCCUGGGAAAACUGGAGCCUUCAGCUGGAACGUCCGGAAAGGGCCUGUCAGAGGGAGAGGAGCCGCAGCUGAAAGCAAACGCACACCUGACCGAUCUGGACGAGGACAUAUUCGAUGAUGAUGAUUUCUACCACCAGCUACUGAGAGAGCUGAUCGAGCGCAAGACGAGUGCGGCGGACCCCAACGACCAGGUGGCCAUGGGCAGGCAGUGGUUGGCCAUCCAGAAGCUGCGCAGCAAGAUCAAGAAGAAGGUGGAUACCAAAGCCAGCAAGGGGCGCAAAGUUCGCUUCCACAUCCACAGCAAACUGCUCAACUUCAUGGCGCCAGUAGACCACAGCUCCAUGAGCGAAGAGGCCCGCAGCGAACUGUACCGGGGUCUCUUCGGGCACAAGACCUCCAUCAGGGAGGGAUUUUAAAACGAGGAAGUGACUCCACCCGUUCUCUAAUCUUUUAUAUUAAUAUUCUGUCAAAGUCUAAAUAAACAUCAGUUUAAUACAGCUGAGCAGAAAUAUUUACCGAAGAUAAAUCCCUGAGUUUGUUCAUGUAAAGAUGUCUGUCCGCAGGGCUGAGCCUCAGCGUUAAACAGUGUUAAUAAAACUAAUGAUGGGAGUUCUAGUGCUGCUCUGUAGUAGUACGUAUUCUAUAUUCUGUAUGCAGGGUUUUCUGUGUUCAACCAGCAAUGUAUGAGGUGGGAGGAGGUGUCCGCAUGUUGGCUAAACAGGUCUCUCUUGUAAACGAGACUGUUUAUAAAUAAAGGUUAGUAUUAAAUAAUAGUAAAUAAUAAUGAUACACCUUCAUGGCCACAUCUAACAGAAUUUCUUUGCAAUCUGCUCCAAUUUCCACUAUAGUAAAAAAAGUAGCUUCACAAGAAACUGAAGGUGAAGAUAAGUUCCACAACGAUAAAG